AUGCCUAAAUUUGUACCAAGGCAGCGAAAGCAAAAACACCGACGCCAGGACACGAGCGCGCCAGUCGACACCAAUGUUGCGGAGCUAGCGCCGGUCUCCAAAGACGAAAAAGAGGCGCGCAGACAAAAGCUGCGGGAUGAACUUCGAGAACAGAACACAAAUGUCUCUUCAAAGAAGCAAAAGAGAUUGGAGAAGUACAUUGAAACAAAACUCAAAAAAGAAGAGAACGUCGAGCUUCUGAAGAAGCUAGCGCAAGCCAAUGUCGACACAUCGGGGCUACAAACUUCGAGAGAUCUAGGGAAGCGGAAAAGGCAGCCUGGCAUACAAGACUCGGUCAGGAUACAUGCGCCGAAGGAAAGUCGGGCUGCAGGCGACUCCGAUGACUCCGACAUCGAUUUACAGUCAACUCCGGGAGCAAAGCCUCAAAUACCCACCAGACCUGUCGGAAGCGGAUUGAAGCGCCCUCUUGAGCUUGGAGCAGACGGAUUUCCGGUCAUCAAAAAGCGGAAGCGCACAAAGAAGCGAAAGAUUUCAGUGGCGCCUGCCACUGAGCCAUCGUGGGAAGGUUUUGAGUCAGGCGAAGAAACGCCAAGUGGAGAUGAGCAAGAUGAUGUCUCUGAGAAGUCUGAUAUUGAAGAUUCAUCAGAAGGAGACCUCGCAGAUGCACACUUGACAGCUUUCUCUGAUACUUCAGAGGAGGAUGGGGAAGACGACAACAACAACGACGACGAUGAUGAGGAGGAGGAACAGGAGGACUCGGAGGGUGACGAUGACGAUGAAGGAAGUGAAGACUCGACGACCGACGAGAACGAUCACCGUAUUAAGCCACGCGAGUCAGCAUUCAAAUCAUGGGCUAUACAACAAAUCAACGAAGCUGUGGGCUUCAACCCUGCUGAGGGACCCCUUGUUCACGAACAUGUGCAACAAGCCUUCGCACCACCGAGGAAAGAACCUCAAAACACUGUGGAGAUUGAAGAGCCUCUUCCGCGUGAACUCGAAGUAACAACUGGAAACCCGUUCCGAAAGGCAUUUAGUGUCCACGUUGACCGUUCUGAGGAAAUCCAGUCGUCUCGUCUCGGCCUCCCAGUUGUCGGCGAAGAACAGAAAAUCAUGGAAGCAAUUUACAACAACGCUGUGGUCGUCAUUUGGGGUGCUACUGGUAGCGGUAAGACAACCCAGCUGCCUCAGUUUCUUUUCGAAGCUGGCUUUGGCAAUCCGGAUAGUCCAAAUCCGGGCAUGAUUGGUGUUACGCAGCCUCGCCGAGUUGCUGCUGUGAGUAUGGCGAACCGCGUCUCCCAAGAAUUGGGCCAGUUCUCCGAUCAGGUGUCCUACCAGAUUCGAUUCGAAACUACGGUAUCGAAGAAGACCGCGAUCAAGUUCAUGACAGACGGUAUUUUACUUCGUGAAAUCGCAGAUGAUUUCGCUCUGCGCAAGUACUCCGUGUUGAUCAUUGAUGAAGCGCACGAAAGAAGCGUCAACACGGACAUUCUCAUCGGAAUGGUCAGUCGCAUUGUUGACCUUCGCAAGUCCAUGAGCGAGGAGGAUCCGUCUGUGAAGCCUCUCAAAGUCGUGAUCAUGUCUGCUACGCUUCGGAUUUCGGAUUUCACCGAGAACCCGAGCUUGUUCCGAGAUGGCCCGCCGCCUUUGGUGCAGGCGGAAGGUCGCCAGUAUCCAGUGACCGUUCACUUUGCGCGUCGGACUCAAAGGGACUAUGUGGAGGAAGCUUUCCGCAAGGUCUCCCGGGGCCAUCGAAAACUUCCCGCAGGAGGGAUGCUCGUCUUCUUGACUGGUCAAAACGAGAUUCGGCUUCUGUCGAAAAAGCUCAAGCAGGCCUUUAAAUCUACGGAACGUCUUGAGACGGCGCAGGCUAAGGUGCAACUAAAUGCAAAUGAAGCACCUUUAGAAGCCGAAGACUUGGAGCUCGGCGGCAUGGACAUGGAUCAUGCAGGGGAUGACGAGGAUGAUCUGGAAAUCACCGGUCUUGACGAGCCAGAGGAUGAUGAAGGGUUUGAUCUUGGGGAAGAAGCUAUGGACUCUUCGACAAAGGUCCACGUCUUGCCGUUGUAUUCGCAGCUGCCGACUAAGGAACAAAUGAAGGUGUUCGAAGCGCCUCCAGAUAACUCACGCCUCAUCAUUCUCGCCACUAAUGUGGCGGAGACAUCACUUACCAUUCCUGGCAUCAAAUAUGUUUUCGAUUGCGGUCGAUCAAAGGAGAAACAAUAUGAUCUGUCGACUGGUGUGCAAAAUUUCCGAAUCGGCUGGAUAAGCAAGGCCAGCGCGAACCAGCGCGCUGGUCGAGCUGGUCGAACGGGCCCCGGCCACUGUUACCGACUCUACUCUUCUGCGGUCUACGAGGCCGACUUUGCCGAUUAUACCGACCCUGAGAUUCUGCGUACCCCAAUUGAGGGUGUCGUUCUCCAGAUGAAGAGCAUGGGCCUUCACAAUGUGAUCAAUUUCCCCUUUCCGACUCCUCCCAGUCGCCAAGGUAUCGCCAAGGCAGAAAAGCUGUUGAAAAACCUUGGUGCCCUUUCCAGCAGUGGUCAAGUUACUCAGAUCGGUCGCCGUCUGUCCACAUAUCCGCUUUCGCCACGCUUCGGCAAGAUGCUCUACAUUGGACACCAACAUGGCUGCAUGCCAUACGUAAUCGCUCUUGUCGCGGGUCUCGCUGUAGGCGACUUGUUUGUCUCAGAAAAUCAAUUACCCGGCAACGAGAUGCAAAUGCAACAGUUGAAGGAUAAGAAGAAAGGUCCAGGUUUGGACUCGGACACGAGUGACACUGAAGAUGAGAAGAUCUACACAAACGCAGAUCGUAUUGAAGACACUGAGCGUGAGCAGCGCUCAAAGGACUUCGCUCGUGUUCACCGUCUGUUAAGCAAACAUGACGACACAAGUGACGCUUUGAAGUAUCUCUCCGCCAUCUGUGCCUACGCCUAUGCUCCCGAUGGAGAGGCAUUUUGUGAGCAGAUGUUCCUCCGCGCGAAGGCAUUCAAAGAAGCAUCGCAGCUGCGGCACCAACUCUCAGACAUCGUCCGGUCAAAUAAUCCAGGGCUCCUUGGCACAUACUCGGCGAAGCUGCCCGAGCCGUCGCCUAAGCAGCUCAAGGCAAUUAAACAAAUCGUCACAGCUGGCUUCAUUGAUCACGUGGCCAUUCGCGCUGACUUGGCCCCCGUGCCUCCUGAGAUACCUCGCGCACCUCGUCGCGCUAUCGAUGUGCCAUACCUCACUCUUUUCCGAUCGCGUGAGCGACAUGCAGACGACAUUGCCGAGCGAGCCGUAUUCGUUCACCCAACUUCGGUUCUGGCCAAACUCACACCGAAGGAAAUGCCACCAUACAUCAUAUAUUCGCACCUGCAGCAAUCUGCUGCGGCGCCUCUCUCGGGACAGACGCCCAAGAUUCGAAUGUUCCCUCUAGUGGCACCAAGCGGCGCGCAGCUAGCGGCGAUUGCCCACGAUACACCGCUCAUUGAGUAUGGCAAACCCGUGGGAAAGACCGAGCUAUUGGGGGGGAUCCCUCAGCGCCGGUCAUGCUGGGUUGUGCCGUCACUUGUAGGUGACUCUGGAAGCACCGGAUGGCCGCUGCCGGCGAAGAAAGUGGUACAGCGGAAGGACCCCAGGGAAGGUUGGGUUAUCGAGAAGUUUGUAGCAUGA